CCUCUCCAAACUAUAUAAAUAAGAAUUCAAGUUCUCCAUCUUUUUUCUCUUCUUAUGAAAAGAUGUGCAGUUUGUUCUGGCAGAUGAAAGACGACCAAGGUGAUCUCUCAGACAUAGUAAGAGCCAAUGGUGGUGGUAGUAGCAGCGCUAGUGCCAUCGAUGGUCCGUCGGCGACUUCUACUUCAUCAGCUCCUCGUUGGAGUUUUCCGGCAGAAUCCAUGAGUUUUCCACAGAGAACUGAUGAUGGGAUCGAUGAUUUCGCCGACCCGGCCUUCGGCAAUGCACGGGAUAGCUUGUUGCAUGAACCCGUGAUCUCCAGUUCGGCGUUCUACCACCGUUUGAAUCCUGUGUUUCUUAAGAGGGAAAAUACUUUCUCCCAUAGUACUAGUUAUUACGCCGGCGAUGGCUUGAUGAGCGAGGAGAUGAAGCCCUGCCAGUUGUUGACCUGCAGGAUGCUCCCUAAUAUUGGACCAAAGCCAAAAAUCCCGAUUCCGUCUAUCAACUCUUCCUCUCUUUCUCCAGCAGGAAUCAAGCCCUUGAAUGAACGUGUGAAGGUGAAUUCACUGGGUGGACCAAAUGAAAAUGGUGGAUUAAUGCCAUUAAAUUCCCCAAGAAACACUAGUAUCAAGUGGAGAAAGAGUCAGAUAAAAAAGGUGGUGCGCGUACCAGCGCCUGCUGCACCCGAUAACAGACCAAGUGGAGAAGUCGUCCCCUCAGAUUUGUGGGCAUGGAGAAAAUAUGGUCAGAAACCGAUUAAAGGAUCUCCCUAUCCCAGAGGGUACUACAGAUGCAGCAGCUCAAAGGGUUGCUCAGCAAGAAGGCAAGUGGAGAGGAGCAGGACUGACCCCAACAUGCUAGUGAUCACCUACACCUCAGAGCACAACCACCCAUGGCCGACACAAAGAAAUGCGCUUGCUGGCUCAACAAGGUCACAACCAAGUAAAUCAGACUCUGCGUCGAAGGUUUGCCCCCAAAUCCAGAAUCCAAAGGCGGAAGAGAGAGUGAAGGAAGAGCUGAAGGACGCAACCUGCUGUAAGAUGGAAGAAGGGAGUAUUGUUUGUGCAAAAGAAGAUGGGAUGGGAGAUGCAGAAAAGUCUCUAGAGGUUGAUGAUGAGGGUGAGGUGGGCCAGGAUUUUCAAGGGAGCUACAGGCCUAUCAUUCCACCAGACGCAAGCCAGUCUGACGAUUAUUUCUUCUAUGAGCUGGGAGGGCUAGAGCCAAAUCCGUUAAGCCUUAUCUUUCCUCACGGUUUCCGUGAUGAUAAAUCAAAUGAAGACUCUGAGCACCAGGGCUUAGACCCCUUUAGUUUUCUUGAAUGGCCUGACAACUCGCUUUCAGGAUCUAGGAAGGGUUUAUAGCAAGACCUUCGGCUAUCAAAGUAUAAUUUGAUUGAAUCUGGUGCUCCAACUCCGAGGUCUGGUUAUAAACCCUUUGCGUUCAGCUGGAAGGAAUUAUACAGUGACCAUGUUCUUUUUCCGUCUUUAUAUUUUGCUUUUCAGUUAAACCCGAAGAAGAAGAAGAAAACUAGAGAGAUUUGUUAAUGUGCACGAUACUCAAAUUCUUAGUAGACAGUGGGACUUGGAGGAGCAUGGACAACAGGAAACCAGAAAGAUCAAGGCAGCCGAGUCUCUACAAUUGAGGAAAUAAUUGUGCUUAUUUAGCUUAUUGUUGGAUUAAUUAGGUUCCGAAUGUAGACUGCAGUUGGGCUUUGAAAGAGAGGGAAGAGAAGAAAAAGUUCUGUUUCUGUCAAUCCUUUGCCUUGUGACAGAUAGUGCUCUUCAACAUUUUUGAGCCAUUACUAUCUUCAUAUCAUUGGCCCGUAUUGCAAACUGAUCAGUAUCAAGAUGUGGCCUCUACAAUACAAUAAUGUGAAUGUAAUUCAAAAACUACCUACAUGGAAGGGUUUUUUUUUUCUUUAUUUU